AUGGCUCUCAACGGCGAGUCAUCCAUAGAAGAGGCUCAACAACAAGCCAAAAAGCAGGAUGAAAAGCUUGAUACAUCUGCAAGAACAAAAAUUACAGCCCCACCUACUAGCAACAAAGUCUAUAUUCAAGGUCUAAAUCUAUGGCUGAUUGCUUCAACAGUGGCGUUGAUGGUAUUUCUGGUCGUUCUGGAGAUCCCAAUCGUUCCGACAUGUCUAAUCACAAUUUCGAAUGAGAUUGGGGGAUUUGACAACGCUAGCUGGGUCAUAUCAAGUUAUCUGCUGGGCAGAAUCGGUGUGAUGGUUAUUUUCGCCAAGUUGAGUGAUCUGCUCACUCGAAAGUUCGUAUUCACUACAUCGAUUGCCAUUUUCACUGUGUUUUCCGGUGCUUGUAGUGCCUCCAAGACAAUGACACAACUCAUCAUCUUCCGCGCUUUUCAAGGACUGGGUGCCGGCGGCGCAUAUUCUCUAAGCACCAUCAUUCUCAUAGAGUUAGUUCCACCCCAGAAACUUGCAAAGUCAACUGCGCAAUUGGCAAUGGUCACAACCUUCGCGAAUGUUCUUGGUCCUAUUAUCGGCGGUGCAAUCAGUAAUGAUGCUCACUGGAGAUGGAUUUUUCUACUUAAUGUUCCUGUUGCUGCUGUAGCACUUUUAGUUGCAUUGUUCGCUAUUCCAAGAAAUUUUCCAUACCAUACCGAAGCCGAAUUGAGUAUCAGCAAGCGCAUCUUUACUGCAAAUCCAGACAAUUCUCCUUCAGCCGUCCACACAAGCUCCAAAAAGGGCUAUCUGCGUGCAAACUUCCUUCCAAAGGGCAUUAUGCUGGCGGGUAACAAAACACCGAAGAAGCUCGAUGUGAUCGGAACUAUUCUUGUCUUACUCGCGACAGUUACUUUGGCUGCCGGAUUUCAGGAGGCAGAUUCGAGAUUUCCUUGGAAAUCUGCAUACGUGAUAAGUUUACUCAUCAUAUCUGGCGUUCUGUGGAUCUUGCUUGUUUUGUGGGAGCGAAGGGUUACUCUACUCGAUGGUCCUCAGGAGCCCGUGCUACCCUGGAGAUUUUUAACAAGUAAGGCAAUGACUGGAAUUUUGCUUCUGUUCUUCCUGAUUGGAGGGCCGUUAGUGGUGACUUUAUAUCAAACUCCUCAGAUGUUCCAAUUAGUCUAUGGACUCAACGGUCUAGAAGCUGGUAUAAGAGUUGUACCAUUCACGGCGCUCUGGGCCGUCGGAUUGCUAGUUUCACCUACCUUAGCCGGUAGACUAAAGGUUCCACCUAUCUACAUCGUGAUGAUAGGCUCGUGUAUUCAAACUGUCGGCUUUGCCUUGAUGGGAACAAUACCAGUUACCCUUCAAAUUCCUUCCAGAAUCUACGCCUAUGAAGUUAUCGCUGGGUUAGGAUGUGGCUUGGUUUUUCCUUUGCUGUUCGUCAUGGUACCUUUCGUGGCUGAACCACGCGACAGAGCUGUAGGAAUGGCUACAGGAAGUCAGUUCCAAGUCAUGGGCAGCACUAUUGUGCUCUCGAUUGGUACUUCAAUCUUCAACGGCCAUACCCGAACUCUGCUUGAGUCCCUUCUUGGGGGAUCGAGUUCGGCAUCGGUCGUUAAUCUCGGAGAGACAAUUCAAAAUCUGCCACACGAAGUACAAGACCAAAUCCGACGCGUGCUUGCCGAAGGAUACAAUCGCCAGUCGCUUCUUCUUUGUGCUGCCGCUGCCGCUCAAGUGCCGGCGGCAUUAUUAUUAUGGAGAAAAAAGCAGAUUAAAGUUUAG